UGAUUUGUUCUUCAUUUAGUGUAAUAUAUAAGCUGUGGAAUGUAUAUAUUUUGAUAUUGAUCAAUUUUGCUUUUAAAUUUUCUUGCAUUUGUAGCGUUGGCUACAUUUUCGUUCAGAUCUCUCUUAUGCACCCCCCACUGUCCAGGAGGUAGCGUCAGCUCCGAUCCUAGUAACCUCCCAGGACAUAACAGAACACGGCCUAGGGUAGAUUUUCAUCAACUUGUAGUCAAAUUGGCUACCGUGGAAAAAAACUAUAACUCGAUUUGAUGAAAAUUCACCUAAAUUUCUAAAAAAUAGCAUUUGCUUUUGUUUUUAUUAUUUCAUAAAUAAUCAUCAUAUUGUAUGUAAAAUAGUCAGACGUAACUUUGAAUAAUAAAUAAUUAAUUAAAAAAUCACUAUGCCGACUUACGAGAUGCCCUUAUUACUUCGUACAAUGAAUAAGGCUGAGACAUUUAAUGCAUUAAAAAGGGUCUCUAAUGCAAUUUUCAAUAGGGAUGGAAUCAUUAGGAAAAUUGACAACCUUGGUCAUAAGCCAACACCUUUCAAAAUGAGUAGUCAUAAUUUAAUUCAUCGAGAAGCAAGCUAUUAUAUUAUUCACUUCGAUAUACCUCCUCGUAAAAUCGAUGAUUUAAUAGAAGAGUGUGGACGUGAUAUUGAUAUCGUUAGAAAUAGGAUAUACAAAAAACCUGACGAUGAACCUAAACCAUGUACUUGGCACGAGGAAAUGUUGCCUCCCCCAUACAGACCAGAAGUACAAAAAUUACUGGACAUUGCAUCGAAAACUAAAGUUGGAUAUACAUAUGAAUUUAAGUAUAAUUCUGGAUUAGAUUAUUAUCCAUUCCAGAAAUAAGUAAAAACAAUGCAAUUCGAAUAAUCGCAUUAAUGUUGAUAAAUGUAAUAGCUAAUGAGUAUGUACAUAUUAUUAAUAAAAUUGAUAUUUCUUAUGUAA